CUGAAAAUAUUUGGAAAAUGUAUAAGAGAUAAUUCUUUAAAAAUAGAGUGUUGGCUGAUGGAUAAUACAUAGAGAAUUAUGGAUAUUUAAUAUUAGGAAGAAAUUGGAUGUCUUAUGAAGAUUUGAUUUAGACGGAGCACCAGGAAAUCGAAAGCAUAAUUCGAUUACAACUAAAGAACUUGUGGAUAUUUUAGUAAUUUAUAUGCGUGCCAAAUGUACUGUUAGAAGUAUGACGUUUAGUGCCAAAUGAACAAUGAGUGCUAAUGUGCUUGAAUUUCGAUUCCAAAGUACUCAUAAUGCAGUAAACACUAUAUACAGUAUUAUGCGAAGUGCCAAAAUGCAGAGCAUACUAUGGAUCUAAAUGUGACGGUUACAUAAUUUACUCAUUUAGUGUCUAUAAAAGGAGCUGAUGUACAUGCUUCUGCAAGAUGGGAAAGUUAAGUCAAACACGAUUUAAUCACAGGCAACAAAAUGUUUGUUGUUUGUACAGGUUACUUCGAGAGAAUUUUUAUAAAUCUCUCAUAUCAUUACUUUUAGUGUUUCUUAUACUGCAGUAUGGGAUUAAUAUAUUUAUAUACAAGAAACACUACUUACACCCAUUCUUGGUGAGUGUGUCAAACUCAAGCAGUCGGACGUUAUCUGGAUUUUUACAUGCAGAUCACAGUCUUCUUAUGUCUUCCAUAUUUGGGGUGCCAUAUAAUGCCAGCGUCAAUAUUACACGUCGUUGGAAUUCAUCAGAUUUCGCGCCAAAACCAAGGGACCCAACACAACCCCUCUGUCCUGUCAUUCCAUCACAUUUAGGUUGUAACCAAAUGCUGCUUUACGAAGAUAAAGUACAGCGUGGCCCCGACCUAGAGACAUAUUCCAAUAUAACUGCUGAAAACUGUAGCAAACUUUGUCUAGAAAAUAUGCAAUGUGUCGCUGCAUCAUUUGACGUUAAUGUAAGCCCAGAAUGCUGGCUUCACCAUGGCAAUGGCGCAAUAGAGAACAGAAAACAAGCACUAUUGUUUAAGAAGGAUUGCUCAGGAUGUCAUAUGGUGUCUUACAAGGGUCAAGUCCAGAUGGGUCCCGACAUGCUUGUGAUCGCCAACAUUACCAGUGAACAAUGCAAGGCAGCCUGUCAGAUAGAUGAGAAAUGUCAAAGUUCUACAUGGGACAAUAAAGAUGGCUCUGUAUCCUGUUUUAUGCAUAAUAAACAGAAGGCAAGGUCGAAACAAAAAAAUGCAGUUCACUUUAGGAAGAUAUGUGAAAGCAACAAGAAGCAUGCUGUCAAAAUCUCUUCAUCUAGACCAUCUUUCAAGGAGCUAGCAACAAAGUACCCUGAUGUUGAGAUAGGUGGACGCUGGAAUCCCACAAAUUGUACUUCACACCAUAAGGUUGCCAUCAUUAUACCAUAUCGAGAUAGAGCAGAGCAUUUACGGGUCUUUCUCAAUAACAUGCACCCGUUUCUACAAAAACAGGGUCUAGAUUAUGGGAUCUAUAUUAUAGAAGAGGCCCCGCCAACAAAAUUCAACAGAGCGAUGUUGAUGAAUAUUGGCUUUAAUGAAGCCAAACGCAUGUACAACUACGACUGCUAUAUAUUCCAUGACGUAGAUUUACUACCGGAGGAUGAUCGUAAUCUCUAUACAUGUCCAGAAAGCCCAAGACACAUGUCUGCAGCUGUAGAUUCACUAGGAUAUAGGUUACCAUACAUUGAUAUAUUUGGAGGUGUGAGUGCAAUGAAGAGAGAACACUUUGAGAAGAUCAAUGGUUUCUCUAACAUGUUCUGGGGCUGGGGUGGAGAGGACGAUGAUCUUGCAGCCAGGGUGAAGCAUCAUAAACUGAAAAUAACACGUUACCCAAUGGAAAUAGCCCGCUAUAAGAUGAUAAAGCAUGCCAAGGAUACUCCAAACCCUAGCAGGUUCAAGAUCUUGCUUGAUGGCUGGAAGAGAUUUAAGUCAGAUGGCUUGAACAGUCUCCAGUACAAAGUGCUUGAUAUCAGAUUGGAGCCCCUAUAUACAUUGAUCAAUGUAGACCUUGCUGAAGCAAUGCAGUCUGCCAGUGAAAGACUCGGGAUGAAGAUGGCAAUGUUGCUCAGCCACCGUACGUGCAGGACCUCUACCCCUCAGCCAAUCUUCCUUAGUCACAAUAGCCCAUUUCCAUACCUACAGAACUUCCUCAAGAGGAAUGGCAAACGCAUGUCCAUGAAUGGUAGAGCUAUCUUCCAGAGAAAUUCCCUCCAAAAACCUCCACAACCUAGAACUACAGUAUCAGGAAAAGACUGAAAAGUACAUUUAUGUGACGGAUCAUUAGCAAAGAAGAAAACUUAAGGAUAUAUAUCUGCAUAACUACCAAGGCCAUGUAUUACUACAUUGAAUACACUCGACAUAAUUCGGGACAAAAAAACUAUUCCUUAGAUACUUUUGAUUGAAAAAUAUGUGCCAUCCUUCCAUUUAAUCGGAGUAUUCAUUUGCUGAGUAUGGGAGAUAACCUCUGAAUGUGUCUGGGUCAUUGAUCUUACCCAUGGACAUUGAGAUAUCAAUGGAUGAACAAUAUUGAAGCCACGUAAAAUAUGGGUAAAAUAAAGAACAGCUUAGGGAAGUGAGACCACAAAAGUUAUUUUAAUCGACAUUAGCUGGAGACAAAGCCAUAUUAUGCUGUUGGGACAUGGGACAAUAUGAGACAUGAGACAAGAAACAGGAUAUUUCAACAUUUUUGAUAUAUUAUGUGCAAAAAUGGCCAGAAUGGGCAACUUUUUGCCUUGCUUAUUUUUGAUUCUGGCCAUGAAUUAUAGGUGCUGUAGAAAACUGUAGAUGCUGUAGGAGUAUGACCUAAGACAUGAGACAAUACAGUGUGUGAAGUCAUUAUGGAGGUCAAAAUAUAAGUCUUCCAGGAAAAGUUCAUUUUACAUGAUGCACCUUUCAAUGGUUGGUGUGAGACCUUCCCCCAUGCUGGAAUGGAUGGGGAUUUUGACAGAUAACUGUCAAAUGCUCUACUAUGGGAGAAACAAUUUCAAAAUUCCCUACUCCAGAGACAGAGUCCUAUCCUUGGACAGUACCUGACGCUUCCCACAUUGCCGGAUCUCACACAAACCUUUGAAUCUUGCAUAAGUCAAUAUGCCACGGGACUGGACACAGGAUUUUGAAGUGUUCUGGAUUUAUAAUUACAGACAUUUAUGUUACGACACCAGUCACCACCACAAAAUCUUGAUGGAUCCAGUCCCCCUUGAUCAAGUUUCUCGCAAACGUGUUCUACUUCGUAGUUUUUAUUACUGUUAACAGUUUGGAUGAGCAUAAUAUUAAUAUAUCUCAGAUAUUUCUGAAUGUAGCAAUGUCAGGAAAGUGCAAUCUCAUCAGAAAAAGUAUUUAAUGAGGACUUUUCUUGCCAUAUAAUUGAGAGAAUAGCAGUAUGCUUUUUGACUGUAUGUGUUCACAUGCAAUUUACUUGCCGCAUAAAGUUUAACACAGGCCCAAAAACAUGCAGCCACUUUGGGACAGGGUCAGUAUUUCAAUGAUGCACCUUGAAACACAAUGUUAAAAUUACCCCCUUAUCUACCUCCUAAAAUGUAAUUCAACAUUCAUUGAUCAUAUUUGAUAAAAGUUCAGUUUGUUUGAAAUCAAUAUGUUCUGUCUUGGGCGUGGCCAGGUAUGAGGCAAUAAGGGUUUGCAAACCCUCACCAAACUUUUAUAGAUAAUAUGUAUUUGUUGAGGUGUUUUUCAACUAAAACUGUAGACAUGAAGUCCUAAACCUGCCUCACCCCUCACCUAUAUUAAAUUAACCUCACCCGUUAGAACCUGGCUACAACCCUUAUGUUAUUGACUUUUGCCCCUUCCAUUAGCAUAAUAGUUGAUUAUUUGUAGGUGUACAUCAGUAAAUGUCCUUGACCCUUCAAAGAUUGUAUCAUGUAAAUAAAAAGAAAAGUGUUAGGCAUUUUCUUGGGGCUGUGUUUCAGACUGUUCAUAUAUAUGUAUAAAUUUUAAAUGCAAUGUUUGUAAUUAUAUUAUAUAGUAUGCUAUUCUUGUCAUUACAGUUUUUGUAUUAUUCUUAUUAUCUACAGUUCACAGCAUAAAAGGCCAUAAUCUAAAGGUUGGAUGAACAUGAAAUUAUAUUUUUUAUCACUUUGUAAAAGAUAGAAUAACAUUUCAUUCAGUAAGCAUUUAGCAAUUUUUGGCCUUUUAUCAGUUUCAGGUACAUUUGAGUACUGAUAUGUACCCAGUAUUAUAAAAGAGAAAUGACAGCAGGAUAUACAAGGAUUCAUUAAUAUUGUGAUCAUUAGUGCCAAUAUGUGUGUAAAUGCCAUCAUGCUGUAGCAAGAAGCAUAUGACAAUCAAUGUGUAAGUCAUAAUAGACAUUAGGUCAACAGAAAGGUGGCAGUAGUGGUCUGUCUUGUUAUAUCUUCCCAAGAGGAGGGAAAACCCCAGAGCUUAGAGAUGACAUAAUUAUUACGUCUCUUUCUUACCACCUUCUUCUGUUUGAAUUUUCUCCGGCUAUUCUGAAUACCACACGUCAUUAUGAUGUUUAAUCAGUGUUAGCAUUUUCCUUACAUCUCUCUUUAUCUUAAUGUGAAAUAACAAGCUAUGAUAUUGGUUAACACGGCAGAUAUUAACAUAAUAUUAUUCAAAGCAUUUUUAGAAAAUUAUGAUCUGUCGUCAUUUGUCUGUUGAUUUGACCAAUCAGCAACAAUGUCUUCUCAAUACACAUUUACA